UCUUCCUUCCUUCAGUUACUUACUUACAUCUGCUCUCCUUUCCUCUCCAAACCAACCGACCUUUUAUAUUCUAUCGACCUACUUACCUUCCACCAGCACCCGACCCAUCUUUAUCUAUCUAUCUAUCUAUCUAUCCGUUCAGCUAGCUAGCUAGCAUGGAAGAUACAACAACACCCAGUUCCAGUUCUCCGCACCCCCCUCCGCACGACCACGACCACGACCACGACCAAACCUCCUACCCCCCCAACAAAACCCACCCCCUUCCUCGUCCCCCACACGCCAUCAUCCGCCUAAUCCAAUGCUCCCGCUGCUCGCUCCCCCUCCGCUCCCCCCUGCGCCUGCCCUGCGGAAACACCGUUUGCCGGUCGUGUCUGCCGCCCGUCCGUCCCCGGUCCGGCAUCACGUACCCCGUCAACGAGGAUCGCAAACUGGGCUUUAAGUGUUACUGGAAGGAUACGGAGGAGUGCGCCGGCGAACAUUGUAUUGGGGAUUGUGGGGCUGACGUGCUUUUAGGGCGGUUGGGGGAUGUUUUUGGGGGGGUUUUGGGGGGACAGUAUAGUGGGGUAGAGGCGGAUGUUACUGCUGAUGGGAAUGGGAAUGGGGAUGUGAGUGUGAGUGUGAGGUGGAAGGGCAGUGGUCUGCAGCAUGAGAGUGCGGAGAUUGGGAGUGAUAGGUUGAAGGGGAUAUACGGGUUGGUUACAAGGGGGGGGUUCGACUAUGAUGCGUCGGAGGUGGAGUAUACGUGUUUGUCUGAGGGGCUGGAGAGGCUGGAGACACAGGAGGGACAGACCUUUGGGAGGCUGAAGGAAGCGGUUCGCAGUGAGCUGGACUGUCAGGUCUGCUACUCGCUUAUCUUGGACCCGCUGACGACUGGCUGUGGACACACGUUCUGUCGCGGGUGCGUCGCCAUGGUGAUGGAUCAUAGCGAUCUGUGUCCCGUUUGCCGGCGCAAGUUGGAUAUGUCUGCGACGGUGAGGUUCGAGCCCAUCAAUCGGAGGAUUCUGGAGCUGGUGGGGGCCUUUUUCCCCGAGCAGGUCGUGGCGCGGAGGGAGGGAUCUGCGACUGCGACUGCGACUGCGAAGGAAGGACAGAGGAAGAUUCCGCUGUUUGUGAGCGCGCUUUCGUUCCCCACUAUGCCGACGUUCUUGCAUGUCUUUGAGCCGCGGUAUCGUAUCAUGAUUCAGAAGGUGAUGCGCAGCAGGGAUAAGAAGUUCGGUAUGGUCAUGCAUAACCGUGCUAUGAAGAUCCAGCCGGGGCUGGGGAGGAGCCAGUUUAUGCAGUAUGGUACGGUCUUGUUGAUUGAGCGGUAUGAAUUACUUCCGGAUGGGAGGAGUCUGGUCAUUGCUUCUGGGGUGUCUCGGUUCAAGGUGCUCGGAUUUGAGCUGGUGGAUGGGUAUCAUCUUGGUACGGUGCAGCGAGUGGAUGAUAUCCCGAUCGCCGAGGAGGAGAGGCAAGAGUCCGUGGAGACGUCGGCGUCAGCAGGGACGGAUCCAGCCAGUCUCCCGCUGGAGUCGAUGCCAACGCAGCAGCUGUUUCAGAUGGCGUUGGAUUUUGUGGAUAAAAACCGUCUUGAGGGGGCGUCGUGGCUCCAAACACGGGUCAGGCUCGCUUACGGCGAGGCACCAUCUGAUCCCGCGCUGUUUCCCUGGUGGUUUGCCACGGUUCUUCCUCAGUGGGAGGACGAGAAGUACCUGCUCUUGUCGACGACCAGUGUCCGUGAGCGGUUGAAGAUCGUGGCGCAAUGGGUGAAAAAGUCGGAGUCUCAAGAGUGGCUCGCUCGCGCUCGAGCAUCAUCCACCCCUGUCUUAUGACUAGCCGUCCCUCUCCUCAUCCUCUCCAUCUUCGUGGCGACCCUGGGCCCGGUGGUGUCUUACCUGUCCCCGUCUGCGGGGGUCCUGUCCACUUUCACGCCGCUGUCCAUGUCUGUUUCCAUCUCGUUCGGGUCCGCCAGUCCGGACCAGCAGCAGCAGCAGCAGCAGCAGCAGCAGCAGACGCAGAGUCGGGACUCCGAACUGUAUAUACCCCAGACCUUGGU